UUGCAAGUAAAAAUAGAGCCCGAGAGAGAGGGAGAAUUAGGAGGAGAAAGAGAGAAAACGCCUAACUGCUGAGUCAGUUUUUCCGAGGAUCGUAUGCGAAAAAGGUGCACUCUAUGGAUUCGGUGUGUGUCAGCUAAAAAUAUAAAAGUUAUCCCUUAUCAAUCGAAAAAUAGUCCAGUGUAAUCAGCCGGUUUUAAUCUGCGCUGGAUGUGUUAUAUUUCAACGGCUGUGUGAUCACGAUUUCCCUGUUCUGAUGCUGAGAUCGCAAAAUGGCGGAAGAAGUCAGACAACAUCAGCAACAGCAGCUGCUUCAAGAGUUGAGUGAGAGUUUAGAGUGUCAGAUCUGUUUGAAGACAACGGAUGAUCCACAUCUGUGUCCAAAGUGUUCGAAGUUUUUCUGCUACGGGUGUAUCCGGGAUUGGUUACAAAAAUCCGGCAAGGAUGCCUGUCCCAAUUGUGUGGGCACGGUUAAGCUGGCGGAGUUUGUGAAAUUCCGGUGGGGCAGCGGAAUCGAAACGCUCAGGAGUUUAGUCACCAAACAGGAACCGGUGGUGACCGGUAGGAAUGCGGCGGAGGCUUUGCAGAAGGCGCAGGAUACUUUCGCGGUGGUUUCGGAACAGAUUACACAAACGCUAGCCGAUCGGAGAGAGGCACUGAAGCAAUCCCGGGAUAGUUUGAUUAAAUCGAUUAAUAUUCUAGUGCAGCAAGAAUUUCGAGACGUGAAUCAGCAGUAUCACGGUAAGCUUGCCGAAGUGGACGCUUGGAGCGAAAUUUUGACCAAGGAAUUGAACAAAACGGAAGUCUCGCUGUAUGCGCUCCAGGAAGGAAUUACCAAGGAAACAUCGCCGGAUACACAGCAGCAGUUGGAGCUUCAGUGUCAGGUGCUCACAAAAAAACUAGAACUACUCGCGCCCAAUGUGCAGGAGCACAAGUUUUACUGCAAACUUCUGCCGGCACCGGUUUCGUGGCGAUUCACAGUGAGAAAUUUCAGCCAGGCUCGCGCAGCAAACCAGGUGCAGUAUUCCGAUCUGGUGAGGGAUGAUUUGGGUAAUACGUGGCGAUUGGAGAUCCAUCCGAAUGGAUUUGACGACGCGCGAAAUAAGUGCGUCAGUGUGUUCCUGCAGCUGUACGAGGGAGUUGAGGGAAGAUACCGUUACACUAUCGAGCUUCCACAUCGCUCCCAGCCACACUCGUACGAGGAUGAAGACCAGUUCCAGCUGCGCAAGGGCUGGGGUCAGAACCACUUCAUUGACCGGAAGGCGCUGGAAGAUAUUUUCCUUGAGAACGAUUCCUUCGAAAUUCGCUUUUCCGUACGUCCGCCGCAUUUGAUCGAGAAAUAUAACUGCCUCCGGAAGUACAACGAGAAGUUGGAGCGGGACAAUUCCACCCUUCGGGAGGAAUGCUCGGUGGAUUGCAUCAACGAAGUGUGCUGCAUAAGGAAUGUUGCAGAUGCAGUGAACACAUUUGGCUGCUUGUAUUCCGAUACCAUUCGAGAUGAUUUGGGUGGCUCGUGGAGACUGCAGAUUUUUCCGGGAGGUAAUGGCGAUGUUAAGGGGAUGUUCAUUUGUAUAUUCCUCGAGCUCGUGGAAGGAAUUCCGAAUAUAUACGAGUUCUCGGUGAGCCUAAUUAGUGAGAUGUCUAAGAAAACCAUAAAGAAAUCUCUGGAACACAACUUCCAACCAUGGAUGCCCUUUGGUUGGAAAAAUUUCGUCGCCCGGGAGGACUUCUCUCAAGGGGAUUACGUUAAGAAGGACGCUUUGAUGAUUCGACUCGCUAUUCGACCACCCACCGUCGGUCACAAGUUCAACUACCUCCGGCAGUAUCACGACAAAGCAAUUAGGGAUCUCAGCCAGGCCCAACCGAAGCCGACCUCGUCCCUCCUGAGCAGCAAAUCUUUUGAGGCUCCCAUCAGCUUCCUCAAGAAGAUGCUGCCCAGAACUCCAAGCCAAGAGCAGGCAGGCGCGCAGUCCAGUUCGACAAAGUAAGCCCACCGAAUAAGACUGCGAAUAAAUAAAACCCAACACACUUGUU